AUGAGCGGGACAGACCUGAGUCACGCUGCGGGCGCGGCCCCCGACUCAGACCCGGGCCGGGCGGCAGUCGCCUUGGCCUACCAGCGCUUCGAGCCCCGCGCCUACCUCCGCAACAACUACGCGCCCCCUCGGGGGGACCUGAGCGGCCCCGACGGCGUCGGGCCUUGGAAGCUGCGCUGCUUGGCGCAGACCUUCGCCACUGGUGAGGUGUCUGGACGCACCCUCAUUGACAUUGGUUCAGGCCCCACUAUCUACCAGCUGCUCAGCGCCUGCGCCCACUUUGAGGACAUCACCAUGACAGAUUUCUUGGAGGUGAACCGCCAGGAGCUGGGGCUCUGGCUGCGAGACGAGCCUGGGGCCUUCGACUGGAGCGUGUACAGCCAGCACGUCUGUCUCAUCGAGGGCAAGGGUGAAUCCUGCCAAGAGAAGGAGUGCCAGCUGCGAGCCAGGGUGAAGCGGAUCCUGCCCAUCGACGUGCACCAGCCCCAGCCCCUGGGCGCUGGGAGCCUGGCGCCCCUGCCUGCCGAUGCCCUGGUCUCCGCCUUCUGCCUAGAGGCUGUGAGUCCGGACCUUGCCAGCUUCCAGCGGGCCCUGGACCACAUCACUACACUGCUGAGGCCUGGGGGGCACCUCCUCCUCCUCGGGGCCCUGGAGGAGUCAUGGUACCUGGCUGGGGAGGCCAGGCUAGCAGUGGUGCCAGUGUGCGAGGAGGAGGUGAGGGAGGCCCUGGUGCGUAGCGGCUAUGAGGUGAGGGAUCUGCGCACCUACAUCAUGCCUUCCCACCUUCGGACAGGCGUAGAUGAUGUCAAGGGCAUCUUCUUUGCCUGGGCCCAGAAGAAGGUGGGGGUGUGA